AUGCAAUCAAUCCGCCCGCAGUGGGCGUCACGACUGAGAGCCGGAAGGCUUCUGUCUAGCACAGGAGCACCCAUCUCAACCCGUACACAGAUUCUGCAGACCAAUGGCCAGUUUACUCGAGUAAAUCAGCGCCUCACUGCUGCCAAUGCGUCAAGGCAUAGCAGCAGCGCAGCCUCCCCGGAAAGAGUUUUCAAGGAGCGUCUGCAGGAGGUCCAAAAGACACUUUCCGAGGCAUAUCCUCGGCUUGAGAGCAAUGAAAACUCCAUGAGCACUGCGGAAUUUCGUGAUCGCUACUCCCACCUAGAUUAUAAUGAAGUAGAAGGAGACACGGUUGUUGUCCAUGUAGGUAGGAUACGUACCUCUAGACUGGCUGGCAACAAGUUGAUCUUCUUCGACAUGUCGCAAAAUGGCCAUAAAGUGCAAGUGAUGUGCAAUAUCCGUCAGUUGGAAGGGGUGACUCCCGAACACUUCAGAGAUUUUUCGCGGCUGCUUCGCCGGGGUGAUGCCUUCUCCGUAACCGGUAGGCCUCACCGUACCGGACGAGGCGAGCUCACCAUCUUGGCGACUCAAAUGCCUCAGCUCCUUUCGCCUUGUCUGCACGAUGUGCCGCUGGACGCCCAUAAGCACGAGACCUCCCCGUAUCCUCGUCAUGUUCAGUUCCUGGCAGAUCAGCGAACGGCAGACAUCAUCCGCGCCCGGUCGGCUAUCAUUCAAUAUGUCCGCCAGUUUUUUGUCGACCGAGACUUCAUGGAAGUCAACACCCCGAUUCUCGAGGCAGUAGCAGGGGGUGCAAUUGCACGCCCCUUUCAUACAUCUGCCACAGAGUUCACCGACCGGCAGCUGUCUCUGCGCAUUGCGCCGGAACUGUGGCUGAAACGGUUGGUUGUUGGAGGGUUUGAUCGAGUAUUUGAGAUUGGGCCCUCGUUCCGCAAUGAAGGACUGGACAAGACACACAACCCGGAGUUUACUACUUGUGAAUUCUAUCACGCCUAUGCCAACCUGGAAGAGCUGAUCUCCAUUACGGAGAAGCUUCUCUCGGGCUUGUCGACCCGUAUCGACGAGGUGAACGCCAAUAACACGUUCACCCCAACCGAGGCGAACUUUACUGCGCCAUUCCGUCGCAUCGACUUCAUCACCGGAAUUGAGGAGGCCAUCGGCCGCAAACUGCCUGAGCUUACUGCGCCAGACGCCCUAGCGCAGGUCAAAGAACUGUAUCGCGACCUCUCCCUCCCUGAACCCUCCGAUCCAACCCUCCCGCGUCUCCUGGACGAGCUCUGCAGCAAAUAUGUCGAGCCGCAGUGCAUCGACCCCACCUUCAUUAUCAAUCCGCCCGAAUGUCUGUCUCCGUUGUCCAAGUCUUUUAUCGACCCGACGACGGGCCAGCGCGUUGCCGCGCGCGCCGAGCUGUUCAUCGAGGGGCGGGAGGUGGUCAACACCUACGAGGAGGAGAACUCUCCCUUCGAGCAACGGCGCAAGUUCGAGGACCAGGUGCGAUUCAGCAAGGAGGCCAACGAGAGCGAGGAGAUCGACGAGAGCUACCUGGAGGCGCUGGAAUGGGGAUUGCCGUCAACCGGGGGCUGGGGGUGCGGGAUUGAUCGGCUGUGCAUGUUGUUCACGGGGGCCAAGAAGAUCAGCGACGUGCUUCCGUUUGGCAAUCUCCGGCAGGUCACUCGUCGGUCUGAGAAGACAGAGAAGGUUGACGAGGAGGAGUUGGAGAAGAUUUAG